GAUCCAUGUCCGCGGUCCGCGAUGUUUGCCGGUUGUCGUGUGCUAAUAAUGUGAAAAACUGAAAUGAUGGCUUGUAAAUAGUUGAAUAGUGAUUCAAAACAGUUGAUUAUAUCAUGGCCUCUUCAAUGGAUGAGUGUGUACUGGAUUUUGAUAUUGAACUUCUCCAUCAAUCAAGUAAAUAUGAACUGGAAAAGGCAUUACAUACAGUACGGCUGCUGAAAACCAAAAUAACCCGGACAAGUGAUGUCCUUAAAAAGUAUUAUGCAAAAGUAGCAGAAUGCAAACAACUGGAAGACCUCGCCCUUGCGGCAAAGGAGGACUAUCGGCAUGCUUGUAUGGAAAACCUGACAUUUAGAGAGCAGAGUGCUGGAUUGGAAGAGGAAAUCAAAAGAGUAAAUGAAGCACAUAAAAUAUUAGGAGAAAAAUACAAUACUGUGCUUAACCAAUAUGAGGGAAUGCAAUCACAUUCAAAACAAUUGGAACUUCUUGUCAAGGAAAAUGAAACUGCAAUUGAAUCCUUUACAAUUGAAAAGAAACUAGAGAAGUCAACUUCAAAAGAAGCAGAGAAAAAAAGUGCAGCUCUUCAAAAAGAAUUAGAUUAUCUGAAAAGAAACAUCUGCCGUGUCAAACACGUCGUCCUCGGAAAGAAAAAAGUUACAAAGAAAAUUAAAUUAUUUUUGAAUAAAUAUGGAAAUACAGAUGGGGGACACGAAAAUGAUAGGGAGAAUAGUUCUGAUGAGGAUGUUUUUGAAGAUUGCCUUUCACCUUUAAGUGCAGAGCUUGAUAAUGUUCUGCGAUCACCGGCCGGAAACAAAGAUAAAACUGCACUCAAACUUCAAAGCAACAAUAUCAAUGAAGAAAAUACAAAUACUGAAGAUGAUUCUGCAAGCAGUACCGGAGUUGUCAGUUCAGAUACUGGGCGGGGCUCGUCGUUAGCGUGUAGCCUAGCCGGCUCAAUACUGAGUCCAGAGUAUUUCAUUCACCAUAGCCCUUCAAGUGGGGAAAUUGUAGCUAGUAAAAAUAAAAUGGUUAUCAGUAUUGCCACAAGCCCUAUUUUGACACGAGAGGUCAAUAGUAUCGCUACGAGUCCAAUCAUUUUUAAAGAUAUCCUCUCUAAAGAAAUGGAGACUGAAGAUUCUGAAGUAUCAAACAAAGAAAGUUUGCACGAUAAAACAAAAUCCCACCGCAGCCCACCCAUUAUGAUUGACAGAGUAGUUAGUCCCAUAUUUGUAACUCAGUACGCCGAUAUGUCAACAAGCACAGACAAAAAUACAAUUUGCGUGGCAGGUAUUAGUCCACUAAAGCGAAGUCGGAGACUGACUGACCGUAAUUCUACCAGCGAUCCCAACAUUCGGGAGAAAGUACACCCGGAAAUAAACAACAUCAACGAUUUCGACGACGAGAGUAGCGACGGAGAAAUUCAGAUGAUAUUCGAUAAAAUGCGGUUCAAUCAAAACUUAAUAACGCCCCUUCCCACCACACCGGCUAAAUCUCGCACAGAAGUGGCAUCAAAUAUCGCCACACAAACCAUCCUACACACGGCCGGAGUGUGCCCGGACGCGGUCAAACUUAAGGAGGACAACGCCGCCCUGAAGAACACAGUAGAUAAACUGGCCCAGCAAGUGACGAGCAUGAACGAUACAUUUAUCAAAUGUUUCCUGUCGAUCCUCAACGCGAACACUACGAAUACCGAGGCGCAAAAAAUAUUACGAGACAAGUGUUCGCUGGAAGAAAGCGGAAUAAAUUUGUUUCAAAAUGUCGAACCUAAAGCGGCCAUCGUCGAAAACAAGGAGGAGACGACAGUUAAAUCCGAUGUGAUCAAAAGGAAGGCCGUCAGGGGUAGAAUAUCAAAAAUGAAAGAACUGUUCGACUACUCCUCGCCUCCGAGCCCUUGUGAUGUUAUCGCUGCGGAAGCACCGCCGACGUUGUCCCGCACGCCGUCGCCCGCGCCCGCACCCGCAACCCCGCCCACCCCGCCGCCCCCGCCGCCUCGCUCGCCGUCCUCGUCCCCGGCACCAGUGGCCGCCGAUGGAAACUCCUCAAACGUCAGUGAUCAGCAAAAUAUUAGCUUCAAAUCCAAGGAGAACUUGCAAUUUGAAGAUCCACUGUCGAACGAGGGAUCCUUAUCGGGUGAGGCGCCGUCGGACCGGGAGAUGUCCGACCAUGAGAUUGUUGUCGAGUUGGCCCCGGAUUCCGAUGAGAGCGACAGAAGUAGCCUCCUUGCGAUUCUAAUGGAGCAGCAGCGACCUCCUCCCGAAGAGAGACCUAUCAAAAGAACGCCGAAGAAGAGGUUGACAAAAUUAGAAAAACUCCGAAAGAACAUGGCGCCUAGGAGCAAGAUAACGAAGGAACUGUUGCCGGAAAGAAAAACUAGACAAAAGUUACGUAUCCAGCCGAAGCGCUUGACGGCAAAUAAACAGAGGAUUCUGGACGACUCCGUUUCCCUCGGGAAUGAUAAGGCCGCUUAUGAAAAAGCUUGUAAAGUUAUGGCCGAAUUGAAGUCUAAAGAAAAAGUGACAAAGAAGAAGUCUCCUUCUGUUGCCGCUCCAAAAAAGAAUACUCAUAAAUCUAUACAGAUUGAAAAGUUGCCGUCCUCGGUUAUUGAAAAUACCGUGGAAAUUCAUCAUGAUCAAAGUCUUACCCAUGAAAAGUUGUUACCGGUAUCUCCAAAUAAAUUACCUGAAGAGGAUUGUUCUAUCAAAACUCGUAUGAACUCCGAUUGCACUAAACAAAGCAAUAAAAAUAAACAAUCUUCGAAAACUCCAUCAAAACCUAUUGAGACUUUAAAAUGCGUUGCUGCAGGAAAGGAUGCAUCCACAGCAGGUCUUCGAACACGCAAGCAAAGUAAAAGCGAGAGUGAACAAAAUUGCAUUUCGGAAGUGAUUCAUUUCAAUACAAAUCACUUGAAAUCUCCAGCUCUUAAAAAAUACUGCAGAAAUGUAGUUCCUAAUAAAAGUGAAACUAAUAAUAAUAAUACACACAUUCAAAGCUUUGUAAAACAUGAUAAUCUCAUAUUGGAGGAUGAGAACGCGAAUACUGAGGCAGUGCAACCCGACAGCCGAAAACGGCUUAAGCGCCCGGCGUCUGAUAGACCAGAUAUUGUUCCGAAAAGAAUCUUACGAAGUUCAUCUAUUCAAUGCGAGAACGAGAAUGGAGAUAUGAAUCUUGAAAAUGUACCUGACCAUAAAAUACAAAGUGAACCGGGUAAAGAGAUGAUUAGUUAUGAUGAUCUGGACCUAUUUAGCAACAGUGACGUUGACAAACCGGCUAAACCCGAUCAACCAAUGCCAGUUGUUAGUGGUGCUUCAGCAAAACAGUCAGAAAAUGAAAAGCCUGGUAUUUUAUGCACUUUCAUAGACAAAUAUGGCAGGAAAAACAUGAAACAUGCUCCCAAAAUUCCAGAUAACGCUAUCGGUGCAAUUUGUAAACAAUUAGAAGACGGCGUUGCGCACAUACAGAAGCUCCCUCCUCAAGAUACAAAACAGGCAAUGGACAAAUUGGUGAAGGACUUGAAGACCAAACCGGCAGAUCAUUUUAUAUCUGGGCUUAUAAACUUCUUGAAGGAGCCUGCUAGAAAAAUAGAGUCAUAUAAUAAAAUUAACGUGCCACCCGCACCACCUAUGACCAAAGUUGAGCAAAUACUCAUAUAUGUUGUGGCACAACUUAAACUUAACUGGGCCAAUUUGAAUGUAGUGGAAAGCAUACUAAGCUUUAUCGAAUACACGCUAUUCAUGUUGAAUCGGACACCAGAAUUUGACGUUAUUGAGACUUUGUCACAUUUUUAUGCUGUUUUAUGUAGAUAUAAUAAGGAUAGAAACCGCCUGAGGCUAUUUGUAAUGGACGCCAUGUAUUGUCUUCAGUACAAAGCUGUGCCGCUUAUAAAACAGUGCAUGGAUGUGUGGAUGCACAUUUUACCGUUGGCGCAUUUGGGACUGGCUAAAAAUCCCCUGGUCCAGUGUCUUGUCUACCUACUGCACUUCUACAAAUGCGAAGAUAAAUUCAAUAGAGUGCAAGAAAUUAGAAAUAUACUUCAUAGGAAGUAUUUCUACGAAGUCUCAGAGUGGAAUGAACCUGGCAUUCUUGAGAUGAUCCGAAACUCUAUUCUGGAAUUGAGAGACAUUUCAGGUGAGAAGAAAAUGAUAAGAAUGUCUCUCAUAAUAAUUGGAAAGAGGAAUGGCGCACAAUGGUGUCAAAAGCACAUAAUUAAAAACAUACUGCUGCCAAUUAUAGAACAAGCCAGUGUCCCUGAGAGGAUCAAGCAGUUCUGCGUGGCUUUGCUGGGACCUUUGCUAAAACCGUUCCCUAUGGAAAUGAAAGUUAAUUGUGAGAUUGUCAUGAACCAGCUGUUUGAUAUUCUGGAACGUAAUCCUUCGCCACAAAUGGAGGAAGCGGUAUUCACAAGCUUAAUAUUCAUGAGUCGACAUAACCUACACCGGGUGAUCAGAGCAUUGCUUUGCUGGACUCCUGAGAGUAUCUCACCGGAAUUUGAGGAACUACUGAGGAAUUUUGUUAGAGAAAGGCCAGUGAAGACGUGGAAGCAGGUUGUAUCAAAAAUAUUUAUUUACAACUAAACAAUUCGACUUGUAAUGAUCUGUGGGAACUAUCGUGAAAAUGAUUUUAAGUGUAAGACAAUAUUUUAAUUUCUUAUAACUUUGACUCUUCUUAUGUAAGUCAAGUUAAGCUAAGCAAAUAUUAAUUGUUAAGGAAGGUUGCCCAAAGUACGGCAACCUAAUUAAGUACCUACUAUAUUAUGUAAGAAACUAAGCUUAGCUUAAAGAGCUUGAGUCAUGUAAAUAGUAUAUUUAAUUACAUUACAUCUGUGAUCGAGUAAGAUUUAAUUUCGUCUACUUCAUUUUCGAAGUAGCUACCUAAAAUUUAAUAAAUGGUAAUAAAAGAAUAUAAA